AUGCGACUUGUGGAGGCACUAGAUGAAGCGCCUUUGGGCAGCUGGAUGGAUGCUGAAGCAGUUUUAGAGCUGGAAUCCAUGAAAGAGGAGACAGCUGCCCGCCUCGAGAAACAGGGUCUGGAAAGUGCCCAACCUGUCGCGCCUGUUUCGUCGCAGUUGGGUGCCAAGCUUUCCAAUCGUGGUCUUUUGAUCACUCCCAAGACAGAAGCAGACUUGAGGCGCUGGCUAUCCGGGCAAAGACUUGAUGGACAAGAAGCCGGUGAGUUCCCAUUUGAGAACAGGAGACUCCGGAAGACACCCCCUGAGCUGCCCAGUACUGGUUUCCCGAUCUCCAAGGAGGAAGCUGAAAAAGCAAAGGAAGCGAGCAUUGCCUAG